UUUUGAAAUAAUUUUAGAGCAUUCCAAAUUUCCGGUUCGUCAUUCGUCACAUGUAGCAUGUUGAGCAUCAAGGAACUCUUGAAGUUUCGUUGCUAAAAUAAAGAUUACCUCAUUUUUAGUAUCCAUGGGGGGCAAAAACAAACAACGAACUAAAGGAAACGUUCGACCGUCCAGUAGUGGCCGUGCUGCAGAGGUGUUGACCAGAGAAGGUGGCGCCAUACCGGGAUUCGUUGGUUUUGAUACAACAGUAUCUUCGGAAUUGAGUUACGUGCCUGCUUUCCAUGGAGCAGAGGAGCUUGACAACCUUGUCGAUGCAGACUUUAGACUGGUGCUCAGGAAACUUUCCAAAAGAGAUGUCGUCACCAGACUGAAAGCUGUGCAAGACUUUGGUUCUAUGUGUCAGGAGCGUGAUGCUGAAGAUGUUAAAGGGGUCCUUCCAUAUUGGCCUCGAAUUUACUGCAAGAUAUCAGUGGACCAUGAUCGGCGAAUCAGAGAGGCCACCCAGCUGGCCCUUGAGCAGCUGGUACUGAAAGUGCGUCGCAGCUUGGCUCCCUUUCUGAAAAGCUUGAUGGGCCACUGGAUCCUGUCCCAAUGCGACACUUACACACCAGCAGCCUCCGCCGCACGCCGAGCUUUCCAGGCUGCCUUCUCAGCCACCAAGCAGCCGGAAGCCCUCAGCUUUUGCAAAGAUGAGAUUCUUAAUGUACUUCAAGAUGUCUUGUUAAAGGAUACUGCUGACACACUCAGUGAUCCUCAAAUUGUGACUGAAGAUGAUGAGCGAGAAGCCAAAUAUUUGCGCAUGCUGACCAGCUCUCUUCUGGGGGUGAAGCGACUGCUUUCCCUGCUGCCGCAGAAUGACAUGGCCGCCAUGGAUCACAGACUAGCUCAUCUCGUCAGCCCUGCCAAGUUCUGGAAGUACAGCAAACACAAGGCACCACAGGUAAGAGGGGCUUUCUUCGAGAUGCUGUGCUCUGUGUGCGAGUUAACGCCGAGCCUUGCGCAAAGUGAGGCGGCACGUCUCUGCCCGGCCGUUCUUCUCAGCAUCGACGACACAGAUCCACUGGUGCUACCUGCCGUGUGGAAGGCUGUUCUCCAUGUGGUGUCCUCCAUACCUGAUUGCUGGACACACAUCAACUCAAAGAAGGGCUUCCUGCCCAAACUUUGGUCUUUGUUAAAAGAUGGGGGCAAAGGCAUGGCGAAAGCCCUUCACCCUAAUUUGAUGCCAUUCCUGAGCAAACUGCCUCAACAAGUCACCGACCCAGCCUUGGACUUCUAUACUGCUUUCUUCACCUCACUCAUACUCGGUAUUUCCAGUGAGCGUGCGGCCAAUAGCCCCUCAGAAAGUGCCGUUAUUGUGACUGCCACCAUCGAGUGUUUGAGGUUCUGCAUAUUGGGCCAUUUGGAAGAAGAGGAGGAGGAUCAGAGCAAAAUCCGGUCCAUGCUUAUUUCUCAGCAGCUCCUGCCGCUCCUUGAAAGCGCUUUUGAGAAGCCCAUCCUUCAGAAUGGUCCUCUCUCCCUGUUGGUCACUGAAAUGCUUGUUUCCUGGGAGAAGAGGGCAAGCAGCGAAUCUAAAGUCUUUCAAGAGCUUGUAGCAGACUUCUGGGAGGAGCUCGGCCUUGCGUUUACGCGCCACGCAGACAGCGAGGAAGCGGAUCGACAAGCUUUGGAGGGGAUCGCCGCCUUGCUGCAAGUGAUGCGCUACCCGGAGCGAGUCAACAGAAAACAUACGCUGAAGAAAAAGGUGGUCAAGAUCAGUUUUUCUGAAUCUGGAACUGCCGACAAACCUGGCACGGCGGGAGGCGAGGCGGCAAAGACGGAGCUCACGUCCACUGCGGUGUGCAGUUCCCCGCAGACUCGCCAUUUUGAGGAAGUGGUGUGCCAGCUGGUGCAACUGUGCCUGGUGCAUGUGAAUGAGAGAAGCUCAGAGAGACAUCUUGUCUUCCUUUCCCAUCUGCUGCAAUCUUUUCACACUCUUAAUAUAUUCACUACCUUGGUCGAGUUGGACGAUGACGUUAAAGAAGGCAGCGAGGGGAGAGCAAACAACCCGGCCGUGCGCUUCCUGCUGGAGCGAGUGGUGCCGUGGUUGGCCGAGAAGGAGCGGACAGACACGGAGCACCUUGUGGAGAUGGUCUUCAGCUCAUUGUCUUGCUGCAGCCGCCAGGAGACCACCCGCAUCCUUGACCAUAUCACCAUGAUGGAACUACACUGUGGAAUUACUUUGCAAAUCAUCCAGAGGGUGUGUGCUGACCAAGACACGCUUGCAAGUUGUAGCGAGUGGCUCAAAGGUUCAGUCCUGGGCGAGCAUCUCCUCAGGUUGACCAAGGAGCUCUGCAAGGUCGGACACGGCGGCUCCAGCUCGGCGUCUUCUAGCAGCUGCCACAGUUGGACCCUCAUCAGCAUGGUUCUCUCACAGCAUCAUAAUAACGAACCUCUGAUUGGGGAGGUGUACAUGGAGAAGAUCUUGGAGAAUCUGCACGCAACGUUGUCCGAGACCAAGAGUCUGUCAGACGCGGGCAACAUGGAGCCGCUUGUCACCUUCAUCUGCGACGUGGCCUCCACCUUCUUCUCGUCCGUGCAAAACUGCCUGCUGCUUCCUUCUGCUGAGGAACUCCUGCUCACAGUUUUUCAACUCAUCGCCCAAGAUCAAACACACACUUAUCUGUCAGACUCCAUCUUGGAUAAAUUGGCAAAGGUAUGCAUUGCUGGGGUCCAGUCGCUAGUCCAACACUCUCAGUAUGAGGUGGCGCAAGGUGGUUUCUUCCACAGUGCCGCCCUCUGGGUGCAGAACAAAUUACUCACUGAAUCUUUGGACAUCAAAAGUUUGCAGUAUUUAGUUCAAGCUGUACAAAGCAUAGUGGAGACCAUCACCUCUGUCUGCGAUCAAGACUCUGCCAUCCUUUCCCAAUUUUUUACCCACUUGAUGCCCAGCGUUACCGAAUGGACAAAACUCAGACAGGCCCUGCCAUCACAUUGGGUCAAGACAUCUUUGCUGGCAAGCCGUUACAGGGGAGUUUGUGAAAGCUCCUGCAAAGACACGUGGAAAGUGAAAGUGCCAAAAGUCUUACCGGCCCAUUUAAGCGUCUGUGCCCUUCUGGGAAAGGUGUCUCGUGCUGCCUCACUCUGUAACCAAAAGAACGACAAGUGCCAGCCACAACUGCCAAACAUGAUGCACACAGUUGCAGAGCUGCUGUAUUCACUGCAGUGGUGUCAGGAGAUGGAGAAUGCCCCCACUAUUGUGUCCACCUAUCACAGCCUUCUCAUUGAGUGGGGGCUGUCAGGAGGUCUGCAUGACUUGGUCACAACCACAGAUUUGCUGGAGAUGCUCUACUCAAGAUCAAUCGAGCUUGGUGGUUUGUGGUCUCUGACGCUGGAAAACUACAUCGGUACCCACGACUUGGCAGUCACUCACAGCACGAGCCUGAGCAAGCUUUACGGCUCUGUGGAGAGUUUGGGGCCGGUGUCGCCAAGCAAAUUGAGCACGCUCCAGGUGCUUUGCCCCACCAUGACGCAGGAAGACCGACAGACUCUGGUCGCCCUGGCAACGGCUGCAAUUAUCAACUGGGAACAAGAUGACGAUGUGUACGGGAGUGUGGCGGUGCUGCUGUGUUGUCUGCAAGCUGACACGGAAGUGGAGGAUGAGGUGGUGCAGGCUGUAUUGUGCACUAUGACGGAGUGGAGGACCCACAAGGAGGAUUGGUUUCUCUUUGGCAGUGAUCUUUCUAAAGCAACUACACAACAGCUGAACCUGACAGUGGAACUGAUGCGCUUCCUGUCCUGGCUGGUGACACGCUGUCCGUCAAUUCUCGGGAAUAGCCAGUGGGAUUUCUUACUCUGUGCUAUGUUAGCCUGGUUAGAGGUGGCCAGCGAGAACGUGAGCAGCCUGUGGAAUCCAUGGGUGCAGCUGUUUGUAUGCGAGAGCGCUGCGCUGAUUGUAAACCUCAGCCAGUUCUUUGCGUCAGCCCCGCCUGAUGUUUUGGAGAAGCUACCGCCAGAACUGGUGGCGGAAUGGCGAGACUUUUUUGUUGAUGGAAUCUACAGCCUGCUGUUACCCAUGCCUGUCAAGAUCACAGAUCUCUUUAAAGAACCCGACGACCCGGUCUUUCCUCUGGCGGUGUUGCGAUCGCUCGGCGUGGCUCUGACCUAUGCGCCCGUGCGGCAGCUGAACCAGAACAGCCUGCCGGCAAAAUUAGUUGCAGACCAGAGGACCAACCUGCCGCCGCCUCUUCAGACGCUCCUCAAUACUUUCUGCCCUCUGCUUGUCUUCAAUGCCCGACCUCUUCAAGUCACGGUCUACCAUUUGUUGGCAAAGGUCAUGCCUCAGCUGCCUGAAUGUGACGGAGAAGGAGACAGCAGCAAGUAUGAAGAUGAGGGUGACGAGCCAAGCCUCUCCCCUCCGGCCGCUUUGAUGGCUGUGCUGUCAACAUGUGAGGAGUUGUGCGACAGCAUCCUGGCAGGACUUCAAGUCGGAGAGUUUGCCAUGGUCUCGCCUCAUAGCGUGGAGUACUCGUGCAUUCUGGGCUACCUGCUGGCCUGGAAGCUACUCCUUACCUUUUUCAGGUCAUCGCCCUCGCACUUGCGUGCCCAUUACGCCCAAUAUCUGAAGAAAACCUGCUCCCUAAACAACCUCCUGCUUCACCUCUUCAAACUGAUGCCUGAGAAUCCCGUCUUCCCGGGCCAAGCAGCCGAAACGAGAGACUCCAAAACCUACUUCACAGAGACUAUCACGCUGGCGGUUGACCAAAAUGAUCACGUUGAGCGGGAGCUACCCCAUUUGGCGUGUAGCGUUUACUACGGCGCCGUGCAGGACCUGCCUGCUAUGGUGCGCCUGUGGUGGAACAGUCAGGAGAAGCGCGUGAGCGGCACCGUGGAGAAGUUCACGACCAAAUACGUCAGUCCAGUGCUCUCGGCGCAGGAGAUCUCCUCCGUCCACAGCAGCACGCAAUUGUUUGAAAACAUGACGGUGAAAGCGCGCUCUGCCGCACGGGAGGUGAUUGCCACCUACUCGGUGGAUGAGAUUUUCAUCGAGCUGGUGAUUCAGCUGCCGCAGAGCCACCCUCUGGGCUCCGUAGCGGUCGAGAGCGGGAGACGGGUGGGCGUCUCUGUGCAGCAGUGGAGGAACUGGAUGCUGCAGCUCAGCACCUACCUCACACAUCAGAACGGCAGCAUCAUGGAAGGUCUGGCACUGUGGAAGAACAACGUGGACAAGCGCUUUGAAGGAAUUGAAGAUUGCAUGAUUUGCUUCUCUGUUAUCCACGGCUCCAAUUACUCGCUGCCUAAGAAGGCCUGUCGUACUUGCAAGAAGAAAUUCCACUCGGCGUGCCUGUACAAAUGGUUCACAUCCAGCAACAAGUCCACAUGUCCCCUGUGUAGAGAAUCAUUCUUCUAAUGCACUUCUUCAUUUGAUUAUGAUUACAUUAUUUGCUGAACCUCUGAGUGGAAGCCAUUCUUGACCAAAGUGACUAUUAGUUUUCUGGAUUAACCAAUGUAAAAUGGCUGAACUAUCAACACCAAUCAAUGCAUAAAAAAGUAGAUGUGCUGUACAGUAUUUUUUCUUUGAGAAUAUCAGGUGGUUUUUUGCAAAUUUAAAAGUGAUUAGUGAAUGGAGAAAUUUUACACAAUGGAAAAAAGGAUGCAGUGUCCAAUCAAGGUUCAUAAAUAAUUUCCUAAUAUUUAGGAGUGUAAACAAAAUGUGACAUGCACACAGUUCCCACAGAUGAUUUUAAUUCCAAAAUAGAAAUAUACAUUGCAAAUAUCCAGGGUGAAUAAUCUUGUUGUGUCUGAUUGCAGCUGUACAUCAUGCUGGAAAAUACAAUAAAGUAUAACUGGAUUAUUA